CGCGCGCGCGCAAGAGGUUGUUUUCUGUCGCACAUGCCCAGCGCCACUGACGGCGCGCGCUUGGUUUAGACCAGUUAUAUUAGGCAUGGCAGCCUGCUGGAGUCAACUUUUAAACACACUUUUCGACUAUAAGACGGAGAAGUUCUUCAUCGCGAAAAACAAGAAGAUUGGAGUGUUAUUCAGGUUCAUUCAGCUCGCAGUGAUCGGAUACUUAAUCGGGUGGGUCUUCAUAUGGAAGAAAGGGUACCAAGAAAGAGAAGAAGCAGUCCAGAGCUCAGUGUAUACAAAGCUUAAAGGUACUGCUGUUGGUAACACCACAGAGCUUGGAUAUCGUGUAUGGGGUGCCGAAGAUUAUGUCAUACCUUCUCAGGGGGAUAAUGUCUUCUUUAUUGUAACAAAUUACCUUGAGACUCCAAACCAAAGGCUGAACUCAUGCGCCGAGAGUCCACUCGUCCCUGAUGGUAUCUGUUCUCACGAUGAUGACUGCAUGAAGGGUGAAUAUGUUAAAGCAGGCCAUGGCAUGAAGAUGGGACGCUGUAUAAAUGAGACGGGAACGUGUGAAAUUUAUGGCUGGUGUCCAGUUGAGAGCAAUAACACACCGACGGUGCCGCGGCUGGGAAAAGCGGAAAACUUCAGUGUCUACAUCAGGAACUUUGUUAGGUUUCCGAAGUUUGACUUCUCCAAAUCAAAUGUUCUCCCCUCCAGUAACCACACAUAUCUGAAAUCAUGCUACUAUGACAAAGUCCACCACCCAUUUUGCCCCAUCUUCCGAGUGGGAGAUCUGGUCGAGUGGACUGGACACAGAUUCCAAGAAAUGGCUGUGAAGGGUGGAUCUAUUGUAGUGGGGAUUGAGUGGAACUGUGAUUUAGAUAAAGACUACUCUAACUGCAUCCCUAAGUACAGCUUCACCCGUAUGGACACCUCAAAAGGCUCCAACAUCAGUGGAUAUAACUUCAGAUUUGCUCGCUAUUACAAAGAUACAGAAGGAAACGCUUAUCGCUCGCUCUUUAAAGUGUAUGGCAUUCGAUUCGAUAUCCUGGUUAAUGGGGAGGCAGGGAAAUUCAGUAUCAUCCCUACGGUGGUGAACAUUGGGUCUGGAGUUGCUUUAAUGGGUGUUCAUCAUAUUCCCGACGUCCCUCAUGUAUUCUCCACUCUCCCAUGACGGCUUUCCAAUAUACACUAUAUUCCCAAAAGUUUUGGGACACCCCUCCAAAUCAUUGUAUUCAGGUGUUGUUUUUCAGGGGUUGGGCUUGGCCCCUUAGUUCCAGUGAAAGGAACUCUUAGUGCUUCAGCAUACCAAGACAUUUUGGACAAUUUCAUGCUACCAAUUUUGUGGGAACAGUUUGGGGAUGACCCCUUCCUGUUCCAACAUGACUGCGCACCAGUGCACAAAGCAAGGUCCAUAAAGACAUGGAUGAGGGAGUUUGGUGUGGAGGAACUUCAUAGAGUCCUGACCUCAACCUGAUAGAACACCUUUGGGAUGAAUUAGAGCAGAGACUGUGAGCCAGACCUUCUCCUCCAACAUCAGUGCCUGACCUCACAAAUGCAAUUCUAGAGGAAUGGUCAAAAAUUCCCGUAAACACACUCCUAAACCCUUCCCAGAAGAGUUGAAGCAUUGAAGCUGUUAUAGCUGUGAAGGGUGGGCCAACUUCAUAUUAUAUUCAUGUGCAUGUAAAGGCAUAUGUUCCAAAACUUUUGGCAAUAUGGUGUAUUGUGGAGUGUAGCUGUGGUGAUUUGAGCAUUACUGAUGUCAGGCGCUGAUGUUUAUUUAGAAAAGAGUUCUGGGGUAUAGUCGGAGAUCCAGUUCAUCCCAAAAGUGUUCAGGUCAGGGUUUUGUAGGGAUUAUUCUUCUACUCCAACCUUGGCAUACUAUGUCUUCAUGGAGUUUGCUUUUGUCGUUGUGGAAGAGACGCAUGUGGGUGUGAAGGUCAGGUGUCCACAAACUAGGCAUAUUGUGUAUUUUUACUAUCACUUAAACAGCAUUGGUGUUAAUUGGGGUUCAAAAAUAACAGUAAACGAAACUAAUGUAGUACAGAUGGAUUUAAAUCAGUAGCAGUAGUCAUGAAAUAGAUGUGAAACAGAAAUGACUAUACAGCAUCACUUUCAGUUUCAGUAGUGAGGGAGACAGUAUGUCUGAACAGUUCAUAUGGAAAGAGCUAGGGGAUUUCACCACUUACAACUGCUCUUAAAGGCAAUAAAGAUUUAUCCACAAGAGAGCGCAAUUGUACUGUUGUUCAUCCUGAAGGAACCGGACUGCUAAUGUUUAUUCAUCCAGA